CUCUCCUCCUUUGCUCGCUCUAUGGAAUGGAGAGGAGGGGAGUGACGAGAGAAAAACGAAUACAAAUCUGCAAUUGAUUUUCAUAAUGUUUCUGCGGUGUUUGCAAACCAAUCGCCUGAACGUCCCCGAUCUUACCUAAGAGAGAACCCCUCCUACGUCUGCGAAGUGCUCCGAACUGAUAUAUGACAAUAUCUACUUUGGAUCACGUGCUCGGGGAGAGAGACUAAGACGGAUAACGCGUCAUCUCGCCUUCCCAAAAUUUCCCCCCUCGCUAGACCGGGUCCAAAACCUCCAUCCGGAGCAGUCAGGAGAAGAGAACGAUGUUUAACUCGGUCAACCUGGGCAACUUCUGCUCGCCUUCGCGCAAGGAGAGGGGUGCUGACUUCGGCGAGCGAGGGAGCUGCGCCUCCAACCUCUAUCUGCCCAGUUGCACUUACUACGUGCCAGAGUUCUCCACCGUCUCCUCCUUCCUGCCCCAGGCCCCCUCUCGUCAGAUCUCCUAUCCCUACUCAGCCCAGGUGCCCCCAGUCCGGGAGGUCUCCUAUGGCCUGGAGCCGUCCGGCAAGUGGCACCAUCGGAACAGCUACUCGUCUUGCUAUGCGGCGGCCGACGAGCUUAUGCACCGGGAGUGCCUGCCUCCUUCCACAGUCACUGAGAUCCUCAUGAAAAAUGAAGGCUCCUACGGCGGCCACCACCACCCCAGCGCCCCGCACGCGGCCCCCGCAGGCUUCUACUCCUCAGUCAACAAGAACAGCGUCUUGCCCCAAGCCUUCGACCGCUUCUUCGACAACGCCUACUGCGGUGGCGGAGACGCGCCCGCCGAGCCCCCCUGCUCCGGCAAAGGCGAGGCCAAGGGGGAGCCUGAGGCGCCCCCGGCCUCGGGACUAGCGUCCCGGGCAGAGGCCGGUGCUGAGGCCGAGGCCGAGGAGGAGAACACGAAUCCCAGCUCGUCUGGUUCUGCCCACUCAGCGACCAAGGAGCCGGCCAAGGGAGCCGCCCCCAACGCCCCCCGCACCCGCAAGAAGCGCUGCCCUUAUUCGAAAUUCCAGAUCCGGGAACUGGAGCGAGAGUUUUUCUUCAACGUGUACAUCAACAAAGAGAAGCGGCUGCAGCUGUCCCGGAUGCUGAACCUGACUGACCGACAAGUGAAAAUUUGGUUUCAGAACAGAAGGAUGAAAGAAAAAAAACUGAGCAGAGACCGGCUGCAGUAUUUUUCAGGAAAUCCGCUGCUGUAACUGCAGACCUAGCCCUUUGGGGUGGGGGGAGGGGGAAAGGGGAAAAUUUAUUUUAUUUUAUUUUUAUUUUAUUUUCUAAGUCGUCUUUUUUCCGCGGGUGGAAAACUGGACUGUGGCCAGGGCUGGCCCCCCACUGCCGUUACUGGCACUUCCUCCCAGAACCUCCUUCGCCUCGGGUCUAAUUCACUGUAGGGACAGAGACCCCGCGUGGAAAAAGGAGCGAGGGAAGUGUCUGACCCGUGGCUAGUGGACCCUGUUGGCGCCAAGGCCCCAAGACUGUUUAUUUAAAAGAAAAUACACCUUGCAACAAAGUCUUGCUGCUCCGACUGGGUGAGGGGAGGGGCGAGCACAGUGGGCGCCGGAGCCGAACAAUCCUUGAACUCCAAGCCUUCCCUAGCCCAAGUGAAAAGAUCCGCUGAGCCACCUUGUCUGCGAGACCUCCCGGGCUCCCCGCCCCCACCCCACCUUACCCCUCGGUUAGGGGACUGCUAAAUGUGAUCCUGCCUUGCUGUGAAAUUCCUGUACCUUUGCCCUGGUGUUAGGUGUGCAAAGUCCAAAUCCUACCUCCGUCUGAGCCUGGCCCCGCCUGAGCCUAGUUGUUCUCACCCUAAACGUGUAGAGCCCUCUUUUGAAAACUCCUAACUGGUGCAUUGAGGUGUCCUAACCUUUUCCCAAGCAGUGUCCCCCCAGAUUUAUUGCCAGUCUAUGCAGUUGUUACCUCCUUAAAAAGAAACAAGACUGGGGUGGAGGAGGCAUAGGAAAAUGAGGUUGGGCACCUCUCCCUAGCUGGGGCCUGAACUUUUGUAAAUAAAUUUCAUAAGCCUCUCUACCUGGAGAGGAAGGGGGAGGCUGAACCGGAGUGAGAUUCUAACCGUCCAUGUGCGUGAGUGCGUGUGUAAAUGUGCGAUCCCCACCCUACUCCUGUCUCAGAGGGAUUGCUGUGAAUUCUUUUGGUGGCAAAUAAAGAUAUUUCAUUCUGUUCAA